AUGGUAACAUUGUUGAAGGAACGACGCACGGAGGAUAAGGAGGAGGCGUGGGUGCCGGUGACUAAGCUCGGGCGGCUCGUGAAGGAGGGGAAGAUUAAGUCGAUCGAGCACAUUUACCUCUUUUCGCUGCCGAUUAAGGAGCAUCAGAUAGUCGAGGCUUUCUUGCCGACUCUUAAGGACGAGGUUAUGAAGAUCAUGCCCGUGCAGAAGCAGACGCGCGCCGGGCAGCGUACGCGUUUUAAGGCGUUCGUCGUCGUGGGUGACUGCAACGGUCACAUCGGCCUCGGCGUGAAGUGCGCGAAGGAGGUCGCGACCGCCAUUCGCGGCGCGCUGAUCCUCGCGAAGCUGUCCGUGAUUCCCGUGCGACGCGGGUACUGGGGUAACAAGAUCGGCAAGCCGCACACCGUGCCGACCAAGGUUACCGGGAAGUGCGGCUCGGUCACCGUGCGACUCGUGCCCGCGCCUCGUGGUUCCGGGAUUGUGGCGGCGCGCGUGCCGAAGAAGGUGCUGCAGUUCGCGGGUAUCGAGGACGUGUUCACGUCGUCGCGCGGCUCCACGAAAACGCUUGGCAACUUCGUUAAGGCCACGUUCGCCUGUCUGCUCAACACGUACGCCUUCCUGACGCCCGACCUGUGGCACGCCACCAAGUUCACCAAGACGCCCUUCCAGGAGUUCACCGACUUCCUCGCCAAGCCCCACAAGCUCGCCCUCCCUGUUGCCGUGCCCGAUGCCUUUGCUGCGCCCCCUCCUGCCGCUGCCGCCCCUGCUCGUAGGCUCGUCUACUCGUUGCUCAGGGCCAUGGAUUUCCGCAACCGCAACCCGUCGCCUUACUCCUCCCCUCUUACCGCGCCCUUAAUCUCGUCCAAAUGCGGCGUGAUUCACAUACCUCGUGUCGUCUCUCGUCUCGGAUUGGCUCUCGCCGCGGUUGUGCUCCUAAUCGCGGCAAUCCACGUGGCGCCUGGGUAUUGGUCGAAGCCACGGCUGGGGAUAUUCCCCGCGCCGCUAUGCAUGAACGGACGCGAUUGCGCUAGCGGUUCCGGAUUUUCUGGCGUGGAUUUUGGUGACUCCGCCGAAGCUGGCGUCGCCGCUGCUCCCAUAGCGGAUUUCUUGGCUUUCGUGUCAAAUGACACUAUUGCGGAGUUUUUGAAAGUGGUGACAAAACGUCCCCACAUCGCGGGCACUCCCGAAAACUUUGAAACUGCCCGAUACGUUAAAGAGAAACUGGAGGCGUUCGGCAUCACAGCCCAUUACGCGGACUACCCCGUGCUGCUCAGCCGGCCAAUCAGGCAACGCCUCACAAUUGUUGAGCCAAUCACGCGCGAGCUGGCGCUCCGGGAGCAGCCCGUGCCUGGUGACCCGUACUCUCACGAUCCUCUUGCUUCGGUGCCAUUUCCAGAUGCUGAUUGGACUGCUGAAAGAGGGAGGGGGUGGGGAAGGAGGGGAAGGAGGGAAGGAGGGGAAGGAGGAGGGGAAGGAGGAGAGGGGGGAGGAGGGGCAGGAGGAGGCGAAGGGCCAUGUGCAGGAGCCAUAGUAUUGAUGCGAUAUGAGAAGAUCUACAGAGGGGAUAAGGUGCGCAAUGCAGCGGCGUGUGGCGCCAUAGCAGCAGUCAUCUACUCAGACCCAGCAGAUUACGGCGACACCCACGCUCUCUACCCCUCUGGUCCAGGCCUACCACCCUCUGGCGCGCAGCGCGGCUCAAUAUACGAGUCGUUGGGUGACCCAGAGACUCCAGGCUGGCCGUCCCGCCCGGGCGGCGAGCGCUUGUCCUUAUCCGAGGCGGCCGGCAGCCUGCCGCCCAUCCCCGCCCUGCCGCUGUCGUACGGGCAGGCGAAGUUUGUCCUGGAGCUGCUCGGGGGUGCUGCUGCUCCUGAAGGGUGGAUUGGGGAUAUCAAAGGGUUGGAGUAUCAUAUUGGACCCGGGCCUGUGGUGGUUGAGAUGGAAAUAGAGGUGAAUGACACCGUUACCAACAUUCGCAACGUGAUUGGGACGAUCAAGGGCCAAUCAGAACCUGACAGGUAUGUGCUGGUGGGCAACCACAGGGACGCGUGGGUGUUUGGCGCUGCAGACCCCAACAGUGGCACGGCAUGCAUGCUCGAGAUGGCACGUGUGUUUGGGUCAUUGCUCGCUGCUGGCUGGAGGCCUGCGCGCUCCAUCGUGUUUGGCUCGUGGGAUGCAGAGGAGUUCGGACUGAUCGGCUCCACAGAGUGGGUGGAGGACAACGCUCCAUUGCUCUCAUCCCGCGCCGUCGCUUACAUAAACGUCGACACCGCCGUGUCUGGCGCUGGGUUCCACGCUGCUGCCACUCCACAGCUGGAUGACGUCAUCAGAGAGAUUGCUGAGCUGGUGGAGGAUCCAGACAAGCAAGGCCAGUCAGUCUAUGCCUCGUGGGCUAUAAGGACCAACCGCACCGUGCCCCACCUUGGCAGGCUGGGCGGCGGUGGCAGCGAUUAUGCUCCAUUCCUGCAGCACCUUGGGAUUGCCGCGGCUGACCUGCACUUUGGGGACGACUACCCCAUGUAUCACAGUCUCUACGACAACUACCACUACAUGACAACAGUUUUGGACCCAAUCUUCUCCCGCCAUCGCGCCGCUGCCCAGCUGUGGGGCUCCCUUGCGCUGCGCCUGUCCAGCGAUGCAACUCUCCCCUUCAACUACUCGACAUACGUCCUCAGACUCAAUGAUUACGCCAACGAGCUCCAGGCUUCGUUACAGUCACACGCAGCGCAGCAGCACGUGUCUCUGGAUGCUAUCUGGAACGCCAUUGGCCAGCUGGAGACGGCAGUGAGGACGAUCACCAAUCAGAGAGCAGAAGCCAUUGCAGCAGUAGCAGCAGGAGAGGCAGAAAGAGAAGGAGAGCGAGCGGGAGGAGUUGAGGGAGAAGCAGGCGGAAGAGGGGGGGGAGCAGCGGGAGGAGAAGGAGAAGGAGAAGGAGGAGUGGCAUUGGCACGGCGCAGAUUGAUGGGUGCACCCCUCAGCAUGCCUCUCCUUCUCCCUCUGAGGGACAUCAAUGAUCGACUCAUGCUUGCUGAGCGCGGCUUCCUGGAAACUGCCGGGCUCGGGCCUGGCUACACAUGGUACCAGCACAUGGUGUACGGUCCCAGCCGGGCCAACGACUAUGGUUCAGUGGCCUUCCCUUCAGUGGCCGACGCACUACAAGACGCAACCAAGGGUGGCGGAGCAACAGAUGCACCCGAGUGGGGUCAGGUACAGCAUGAGGUGUUCCGAGUGGCAAGGGCGAUAGAGAGGGUCGCCAGACAGCUCGCGGGAGAUUUGAUUUGA